UCAGAUAUAUUGAUUUUUUUUCGAAUAAAAUUACGUAUGUUAAUACUGAAAGGUCGUAUUGGAAUUUAGAAGAUGGAUACUCAUUUUAUGCGAACCAACCAAAUCUCGUGGAUAUGAUUCCCUCUCGAACGAGUGGCGUUAGUUAUAACCAUCGUGUAAGAUUAAUGUUACACGCUUUAGAAGACGAUUUUUUAAGCUGUGCUUACCUGGGAGUUAAAGGUGGUAGUUUUUUGAUUACAUUUUCUAAUCCGGCAGAAUAUUGUACAGUCAGUCCUAGAGUAUAUGUUAUACCAGACACAUACACGAAAAUACAAAUCACUCCGUUCGUGAAAAAAAUUAAUUCGGAUUUAAUGUGGCGUUCACUGGAAAUCAGACAAUGUUAUUUACACAACGAAAGAAAGCUAUCCAUUUUUCAACAGUACACCGAGUUAAAUUGUAACCAUGAAUGUGAAAUAAACAAAACUAUAUCCAUGUGUGGCUGUAUAAUGAUCGAGGCAACUUGUAAUAAUUGUUUUAUUUUAAUUUAUACGCUAAAAUCAGUAGGUAUCUACCUUAUUACACGUAAUUUAAAUUUUGAGCAAACACUGGUUUAGUAAUAAUGUGGAUUUUUAAGUCAGUAUUAUUAGUUUGAGACGUCUUAACUUAUUUCUAGUAGAAGAGAUUUUCACUAAGUGCGAUAUUGACGCAUUAUUGGUUCUAUAAUCUAUAGUAAUCAAUCAAUUAUAAUUGUUAGCCACUUAAAAACUAUUAAAGUCAAAUAAUUCCAUGUGGUUACAAAAGUUAUAUGUCUUACUUUCUUCUUUAAGAAAAUUGUACCUAAUAUUAAAAUAAUACUUAAAUUGUUUCAUGCUUAAUUUUCAUUUUUAAAGCUUGCCCCAAGUUACACAAACUUAGUUGAACUUGGAACAAAAAAUUAAGUUUUUAAAAAAUUCCUCGCCGUUUUCUACAUAAU